AUGACCUCCCACCACAGGAUAGAUGCUGGCCUAUUUAAAUCAACAAUCACCUCUUCAGUUUCUGCACAAUCUGUCUCUGAUAUCACUUAUUGGAUCCUGGACAAGAUGAAGGCCGGCGUGAUCGUUGGGAGCGGGAUGGGUGGCUUCACGACGCUCUCCGACGGGGUGCAGGCGCUCGUGGAGCGCGGCCCGCGGAAGAUCAACCCCUUCUUCAUCCCCUACGCCAUAACCAACAUGGGCACGGCGCUGCUCGCCAUCGAUGUCGCAUUCAUGGGCCCCACAUACUCCAUCUCCACCGCCUGCGCCACUUCCAACCACUGCCUCUGCGCCGCUGCCAACCACAUCCGCCGCGGCGACGCCGACAUCGUGCUCGCGGGCGGUGUGGAGGCCUCCAUCAUCCCUAUCGGCCUUGGCGGGUUCGUCGCAUGCCGCGCGCUGUCGCAGCGGAAUGACGACCCAAGGAGGGCAUCGCGGCCGUGGGACAGGGACCGGGAUGGCUUCGUCAUAGGGGAAGGUUCAGGCGUGUUGGUUUUGGAGAGCCUGGAACAUGCCAUGAACCGCGACGCGCCCAUAUUUGCCGAGUAUUUAGGAGGUGCGGUGACCUGCGACGCUUACCAUAUAACAGAUCCGAGAUCCGACGGCCUCGGUGUUUCAUCUUGUAUUCUGAAGAGUCUCGAAGACGCCGGAGUCUCGCCAGAAGAGGUUAAUUAUAUAAAUGCUCACGCAACUUCCACGCCGAUCGGUGAUUUGGCUGAAGUGAAUGCUAUCAAACAGGUCUUCAAAAACAUUAAUUCGCAGAUCAAGAUCAAUGCAACAAAGUCUAUAAUAGGGCACUGCCUUGGAGCAGCUGGGGCUUUGGAGGGCAUUGCAGUGAUCAAAGCAAUAACUACUGGAUGGUUGCAUCCUACCAUAAACCAAUUUAACCUGGAACCUGCAGUUGAGUUCGAUACAGUGGCACAUAAAAAGCAGCAACAUGAAGUGAAUGUUGCUAUUUCAAACUCAUUUGGAUUCGGGGGACACAACUCUGUGGUGGUUUUUGCGCCUUUCAAGCCCUAAUCCGUCACCAGAUAAAAAGCACAUAUCUUUCUCUACCAACCGAUAAAAAAUGCUUAAAUUCUCAGCAAAUUUAUGUCAUGUUAUUUGCGCCUAAUCGCUCUUUUUCUAAUAAAAAAAAAAUUGCGAUUGA